AUGCUAAGUGAAUCCUAAGUUAUUGCAAAUAAAUUACAAUGCUAAUUAUCAAAAUCAGUACCUGAAUUAUUGUAGAUUGAAAGUAUUAAUAAAAAUGAAUAUGGAAUUUUCAGAAUAAAAAAAGAACACUUAAUAAAAUUUGAUGAAUUUAGUGAUUACACCCUUGAUUAAGAUGUUUUAGUGUACAUAGAUAAGAAAGUGAGAAAUUAAUAUAUUGUAAGAUUGCUUAAUAUCAUUUUAGAUGAAACUUAAAUAUGAAAAGAAUUUCGAUGUUGAAUAAUAUGUUAUAGAAGGUAGGAACUAUGUCUACAUUAGAACCCAAUUAGUAAAUAUGUAGAACAAAAAAGAGAUAAUAAAUUUGCAUUUGUUAAAUAUUUAUUAAUAAGGCUCAAUUAAAUAACUUAUAUAAGAAACUCUAAAUGGAGUUUAGUUUAGCUUCAAAUUUAUAGACUAAUAAGAUUAUUUUGUUUAGAUAAUAUUUGCUACUUUAUUUGAGAAUGAAUUUAAAGGAACAAAUUUGUAAGUGGCUAAUCUAGUCUAAGAAAUUUAAAAAAACUACAUGUCUUGCUCAAUAAAUGAAUGUAAAAAGGAUAAGGAAUUUUCUUUAUCGCUUUAAAACAUAUAAUUUUAAUAAAUACCUCCUUUAUUUAUAAAAGAAUGUAAAUAUAAAUAAAUAUGGCUAGGUUCUCUAAAGACAUCCUAAUCAAUUUAAUAUUAUUAAUAAAUCAAUUCUAUCUAUGCAGCAAAUAUUGAAUUAGAGAAAGAUGAAAUUCAGUUUAAUAUAGACUUUACAUUAGAAUGUAUAAAACUUAUGAGCUCAAAUGAAGAAAGAAAUCAUAUAAAAAUGGAAUAUGAUUAAUACUUUUGCAUUAACAAUUUAAUCUAUCAUUUUAGAUUUAUUUCAAGUAGAUAAUUAAUCAUUAAUUUAAGUUAGUUCAAAAUUAUUAAAGAUUUAACUAUUAUGUUAUACUCCUGUAAGUUAAAAAUGAUAUAAACCAAAAUAAAUUAAUAGAAGAUCUAUUUAAUUUAAUCCUAAACUUGAAAUGUUAAAAAGAAAUUUAAAUAACCAAUGAUAAUUUAGAAAAAUUAAUAUAAAUGAAUUCCUCAUUUAUUUAAUAACAAUAGAAUUAAAACAAUAAAGAAUUAAAAACUUAAGAUAAUUAUGAUACCAAGGUUUUUGUUGAAGAAAAUAUUAAUAUUUAGAUAGAUGAAGAAUAUUAGUAGAUUAAUAAAUAAUCAAAAUUAUUAUAACCUAAUAAUGAUGAAAACAGUGAGAGUUUGCAAUUUAUAUAAAUCAACUAAUCAUUUGGAAGUACUCCAUAAUUAUUAGAAAUAAAAUAGGAUUUACCAUUAGAAGAAGAUUAAAUUAAUGUAGAAUAACAGUAAUUUGAGAUGAAAUAAAUAAUAAAUGAUGACAUUUUUGAUUAGCCAUUAUAAUUAGAAGAAUAAUAACAUUAAUAAAGGCUAAAUUAGGUAAAUUAAUAUGAGAAAAAGACUUAGGAAAUUGAAGAAUCUAUCAAUUUUGAAAAGUCUGAUAAUUAAUAGUAUCAAGAUUAGAAAAUAGAAAAUGUAGUUUUUGAUGAGUAUAAUCAAUAACAAUAAUAAAAAUAAGAUUUAGAAUAUCCAAUACAUUAAAGUAAUUUAAAUAAAUAAAGUAAUAAAGAAGAAGUUUUAAAAUAGGAUAAAAAUGUGAUAAAAAAUUAAAGUUAUGAAAAUCAUUAAAAUAGAUAUAAAAUAUAAGAUAAUUAUGAUGAAUAUUAAAGUCAUUAAAGACAUCAUCAUCGACAUCACAGUGAAUAAUAUAGAGGUACUUAAUAUGAAUAUGAUUAAUUAUAUGAAGAAUAAGAAUAAGAAUAAGAAAGACAUCACCAUCAUCACCAUCAUCACCAUCAUCAUUAAUUUCAUCAUCACAAUUAUUAAUAUGAUAAUGAAUUCAAAGAAAAUGAGAAUUAAAAUUUAAGAGGAUUUGGGGUUGAUUCAAAAAGAAAUAAUUUAAGAGGUAGAAAUAAUAGAGAUUAUUCAUUGUCUGAUAAUAACAAUCCAGAGAUUAUAGAUAGAAUAAUAAUAGAGUAUAAUUUUUAAUAGAGAGAAAAUGAUGAUACUUAAUAAUAAUAGGGAAAUUCAUAAAAAAAAGAUCAUAAAAAAGAAAAUCCAAUAGCUGGUCCAAAAAAAUAGUAAAUAUAAUAUGAUAAAGAUUAAACAUAAUCAUAAAAUAAUGAUAGUAAUGAAAAUAAUAAAUCAAAUAAUAAACCUUUAAGUAAAAAAAAAAAGAUAUAAGAAGAAGAAGAUGAUGAAUAAGAAAAUGAUAAUAAAACAUAAUAAGAUAAACCAAAAACAUUAUCUGCUUAAAAAUAAAAUAAUAAAGAUAAAGAUAAUUAAUAAUAAUAAAAAGUAAGAGACACUAAUAAAACAAAUAAGGAAGAAUCAGAUUAAAAGGAAGAAGAAGAAAUAGAUUAAGAUAAUACAAAUACUGAGGAUGAUGAAGAUAAAAAGAUUAAAUAAAAGAAAAAGUAAAAUGAUUCAGAUGAUAAAGAUAAUGAAGAUGAAAAUUAAAAUAAGGAUGAAAUAGAAGAAUCUAAUGAAAGAGAGUAAAAUAAAGAAGAAGAUAUAUAAGAAUAAGAUGAAUAAGAAUAAGAUGAAUAAAAUGAAGAAGAUUAAAAUAAUUAAUAAAAAUAAAAGAAAUCUAAAACAAAAAAAUAAUAAAAUAAAGAAAAAGAUGAUAAUAAAAAAUAAAAAUAGAGUAAAAAAGAAUCUAAGAAAUAAUAAGAUGAAGAGGAAGAAAAUGUUGAAAAUGAGAAUGAAGAUGAAUUAUAUGAUUUUAAUGGAAGAUAUAUUCCAAAUGAUCCAUUUUAUGAACAUCGUAAAUCAAAAAGAGGUAGAUAUCCUUUUAAUUAUCCUACAAAUGAUCCAUAUUAAGAAAUAUUUGGAAAUGAAAGAUUUUGGAGAUAUGAAACAAUGAAAAGAUAAUAAGUUAGAUAUCCAUUUAAUGGUUAUCCUUAUAGACAUAGAAAAUAAACAGUUGAUCAUUCACCAUUUCCUCAUGUUAAUUCUUAUUAUAAAAUGCAUCCAUUUUAAUAAUAAACUUAUCAUUGUUCACCUUGGGUUGGAAGAGACUUUUAUCCAGAUACUGGUUAUGGAAUGAGUAGAGUUACAGCUGCAUAUAAAGGUAGAUAUACAGAUCCUGAUUAAGUGUUAAGAGAUUUAACUAUUAAAUAAUAAUAAUAAAAAUAAUGGAAAACAUCUGUCUAAUAAUAUAGAGAUUAAGUUGGAUAUAAAUAUGCUGAUUAUGAUCUAGAUUUUUAACCACAUUAUUCUUAAUCAUAUGAAGAUAUUAUCUAAUAAUAUCCUGAUUAUGAUCAUACUAUAUUUGAUUCCACUUAAUUUUAACCUUAUGAAGAUAAAUCAAAUAAAACUCAUGAUUUCUUAAAUGAUCCAUCAUUUUAAUUUAGAUAAGGAAAAAAACCAUUAGAUAAAAAAAAUUAAAUUACGACAUUCAAUCCUCAAUAAUUUGAUGAAAAUGAUUGUUUUGUAGUCUAUGAUUAAUGCAAUUUCUAAGGUAAUAGAUUAGAUUUAUGUGGAGAAUAUCCAGAUAUCCCAUAAUAUAUUAAUGGGUUUAAAAUAUUCUCUUUUAUUGUUCCAGAUAAUCUAUCAAUUAGAUUUUUUCAAUCUACAGAUUUUUAAAGUAUUUUUAUAUAAUAAAUUCAUUAGAUAAUAUUGAAAAUGUUGAAGGAACUUCUGAUUGUUUAAAAGUACCAUAUGAAUUGGUUCCAAAUAUAUAAUAAUGA